AUUCGCCACGCCAGUAUUCGCGGACUUCAAACGAAUCCAGGUUUACAUUCGCGCUCGGUUUAUCCUCGAGCUAUGCCGUCACGAAAGGCGCAAUGCAAACCGCGUUCGCGAUAGCCCCCACUUCUAUUAAGACCGAUGCAAACGCUGCCUUGGACUAACGGGGUUAAGGAUAAAAUUGGAUUUCCUAUUUCUCCCAAGCAAAAUGGCAUUAAGAGUGAAUCAAGAUGGACUAUAUCCCACUGUAAAGUCAUUGAGUCCUCUACUCGGUUCACUCCAGUGUCUACAGUAAUUGUUAUACAAAGUAGAAGACCAAUACUAAACGAAAGAACAAUUCGGAAAAAUAUUGCAAAGCGAGACAAUACUGAGAAUUUAUAUUUUGCACACACGCCUGUCGGAAUUCACAUUUUUCACACGACUCAUUCCUCUGAAACACCGCGAAAUGCCACAUGGCUCAAGCUUGGAUGAUCCUCUUUCAAUCCGACGAAUGACUCUGAUGAGAUUAUUCUCAUCUAAUUGAACAAAAAUGGAAAACCGUUUUUAGCGUGUGCGUCUGAUGGAGAUCUACAUAAGUG